AUGGAUGAAUAUGAUGAGGAAUAAUUUGAGCAUUCAGAGUGUUUAGACGAAAAUAAUGAAUUUAUGAGUGGAGAUCUGGAACAAUAGGGGAAGGCAGAAGGUCUAUUAGAAUAAUGUGAGAUCUGCUCACGAAAAUUUCAUACAGAAAGGAUUGGGAAGCAUAGACAAGUGUGUGAGAAGGCUUAAUAAAAAUAAAUGCAAAGAGAAAAGCUUAUAAAACGUAAAUAAUAACAGAAAGCUGAACAUUAAUAGAAAUUGGAUGCCAAGGAGAAACAAGUGAAAAAUAAAACAGUUAAUAAUUGGAGAGAGCAACAUAGGUAAUUCUAAGAGAUGAUUCAUUGCAAUAAAAAAGAAAAAGAGGUUCAAAAUGAGGGUGAAGAGGAAAUAGCAGUAAAGACUCUAGAUUUAGCUGAAAAUUCACUCUAUGUGUAGUGUGAAUACUGCAAACGUAGUUUCGAUAGAUAUGUUGCUGAGAGACAUAUUCCGAAGUGCAAGGAAAUCAAGGCUAAACCCAAGCCUCUCAAAAAGAAUUAGUAAUAAGAAAUGAAAAGAACUACUUAGUUAAGCACUGCAUCUACUUCGAAUUAGAAUGAUAAUGUUGAUCAAACGAAGCAAUCUUUUCGUGUUUAGAGUUUGAUGAAAACUGCUGAGGUUUAGAAGAGACAACUCCCAGAAUUGAAGAAAGCUAUCUAUACAGGGUUUGGAUUCAUGGACUGUUAAACAAGGGCAACUGCUUUGUCGGAUACUGAGUGUCCUUAUUGUCUUCGUAAAUUUAAUCCAAAGGCUGCGCUUCGUCAUGUUCCCAUUUGUGAGAAAUUGACGAAUAAAGAAUAAAUUAAAUUAAAAUUAAAAAAUAUGGCUAAUUUGCCGAAAUUAAAAAAAAUGGACUCUGUUUUACCGGCUAUCAUCACUCAAUAGCCUCAACUGAAAAAGAUUCUCAAGGAGACUGACAUCUAAUUGAAAAGUCAAUCGAAAUUUUGUACCCAAUGUGGGAACAAGAUGCAGAUGGGACAUAAAUACUGUGGAGGGUGUGGUCAUAAGAGAGAAAUUGAAUAAUGAAUAUAUUUUUAUAUUUAAAGAAGGUCUCAUGAUUCUGGCUAA